GUGUGUGGUCGAGUCGCUUCAACCUUCUGUCAGCUCCUGAGACAUACACAAGGCUAGAGUAGACCUGUUUUACACGUUCAUGUCACAAGUCUUUGACUUCUGAGAAACAAGACAUUAACAUUUAGAGCGUGUGAGUGAGUUUGGUGAAGAGAAAUAAGGGACCUGCACUGGGAUGAGUCGCUGCACAGCUGCGUUACUUCUGCUGGUCAUUGCACUUUAUUCGCUCAACACAGAAGCAUACAAAUGCAGAUGCACCAGGAAAGGCCCCAAGAUACGAUACAAGGACGUGCAAAAACUUGAAAUCAAGCCGAAACAUCCUUUCUGCCAGGAGAAGAUGAUAUUCGUCACCAUGGAGAAUGUGUCCCGUUUCAAGGGUCAGGAAUACUGCCUGCAUCCAAGACUGCAGAGCACCAAGAACCUGGUCAAAUGGUUUAAGAUCAUGAAGGACAAGCACAAAGUGUACGAAGCCUAAAAUGCCGCAGUGUGAAGAGCGACAGAGGCGGAAAUUUCCGUGGAAUGUACAAAACUGCCAGUGCAUCUGUGGAUCAGUAGAUGAUCAGUUUUCCAAGAAUCAUGAGGCAUUUGCUCAGACAAGCUUACCAAGCACAAGACCUUUUCUUCAGGAACAAUGUCUAGGAAGACACUUGUACAAAAAAUAAUAAUAUUACUCACCUUUCAAACAUAAUUGUGGUUCAAAACAAGCAAUGCAUAUUCAUUCUAAGUGUUAGACUUGCAAAAAAAAAAGACUAAGAAAGUCUGUGUGAAUCAGAUUUAGAUGCAAGUGAUCACUACCUUUUUCGGUGGACUGUUUAUGAUCUCCUCAUGUAGGCUUCACAUUUAUUUUUUGGUCUGAUUCAUUGUGUUGUGGUAUAUAAAAGGGUUCUGCCACAAAUAUUAUUUAACUACCUGAGAGAAGCCAUACAAUAGUGUACAGUCUUGUACUGUUCAGAUGGGUUUUAACAACAUAGAGAUCUAAAGGGGGUUUUCACUUUCCAAGUUGUUGUCUAUACCUGAAUACAGCCCAUAUGCUAUUUUGAUAUGCCAGUAAAGCUAGUUUCAUAUGUGGUGAUAUAGAGCACAACCAUAUUUAAAAAGAGAGUAUGUCUGUAAAUAAAUAUAUUUUAACUGUUUACUGUGUGCCAUACCACCGUACAACAGGUAAAAUGAGUCAAAAAAUGAAUUGUGAGCAAAGCAAAUAUUUUCUGUUCGGACCGCCAAGAGGGUGCUCAUCUUGGCAAAUUUGCUAAACCUUUCAUUUAUAUUCAUCAACAACCUCGUAUAGUUUACCUACAAUAUCUGAGGCAUCAUGUGCUCAUGCCACUCCAUUUUUUCCUCCAAACACUGUUGAGGUUUAUCAUCUCCAUGCAAACAUUUCUGAAAUCUGAGCAUGUGAAAUUUGAGGCUUAUAAUAAGUCAGUUUGUUUACCUAAACCUUUGUAUUCAAUCCUAGCCCAUCAUAACCUUUCCACCACCACUGUUCUAUGGUCUACAUGGGCUUCUUCUAUAAGGUUGUUAUUAUUAUUACUCAGGCUUAUUUGGUAUGACAAGUCUGGUAGUUUAUUUCCACUGAAUGGAACAUCAUAUAAAUCAUAUGUAUGAGAAGUGUGAAUCUUAUAACUCUGGAACGUUUGGCCUAGGUGAUUCAUUUAGAAUUUCAGAGUAGAAUUAUACAGUAAACAUGUAUGUUGUAUUAUAAAGCUGUAUUACUAUUUAAAUAUACGAUAACAGAAAUAUUUCAGCCUUCAUGUUUGGGUUUACCCACCAAACACUGCUUCAGUUGCAUUCCAAGGAGUGUAAUGUACAAAGACAGCAAUAAAACUAUUUAAAUGGCUCUGA